GACAGGGACUCAGACACGCACUCGCCUAACCGGUAGUUGAGUGCGCGCGCGCGUCGGAAACGGCUGCAUGAAAUCAUCGCACGAGCCCGGGGAGGGUUUUUUUGGAGAUCAGGAGGAAGCGCGUGCUGUGGCAGAAUAAAGCAAGGAGCUUCGAUCCGCUCCGAGUCCGUGUCCAUGAUCAGCUGCUGGUCAGUGAUGUCAGGUGCGCGGAGACCGGAUGAAAGCGGAACGACAGUUUCAGCCAAUCCGGCUACAGAUGUGUUGAUCGCGCUUUUUCGUUUCUGAGACCAAAUGUAAUGUUUGGAGUGAUGUCAUUUUGACAGUAAUGCCCUUCCCCAUGAGAGGGUCGCACGUGAGGUAGUAGUAUCAUAUGCAUACAGCCUACUUGAUGCUCGCCGGUGAACUGAAAAAAAAAAGGGAAGCUUGUCGUUUUUUCCCUCAUCAGUUUUUGUUGUUUUUACUGGUGUGAACUUGGAUAACUUGUAAGCAAUCAGGGAGCAUCUUCUUAAUAUCAUUUUGCUCAACUUAAUAUCAGAUUUCUUUUUUAUUUUAUUAAACAUUCAGGAUCUAAUUCCGCUCUUUAGAUUUGAAGUGUGUGUAGCCGGAGAUCGGGUCAUGUAGCGAGCCUCGGUUGUGAGUGAUGAGGUUGGAGGAGCAACAUCUGGACAUCUGCGCGCUGAUGUUGGGGCUGUGCACCUGAUUCCUGCUGAACAGAGGAGAGCCAAGGAGCAGCAUGUCCAAAGCGCUGAAGAGGAAAAAGCACUGGUCGGCCAAAGUGCGCGAGUGUGCCGUGUCGUGGGGAGGCGCGGGGGAGUUCGGCUCGGUGGUCGAGCUCCUCGGUGGUGCUGAACAUGGCCUCUUCCCCUUCCUCGGACACAUGGACCUCGACGCGCUCGUGUGUCACGUCGGCUCGCUGCCGUACUACGGGGACGUGCUGCUGGAGGUCAAUGGCACACCCGUGAGUGGCCUCACCAACCGAGACACGCACGCCGUGAUCCGCCACUUUAGAGAGCCCAUCCGCAUAAAGACCGUCAAACCAGGCAAAGUGUUGAACACAGACUUGAGGCAUUACCUCAGCUUGCAGUUCCAGAAGGGUUCACUGGACCACAAAUUACAGCAAGUCAUUCGGGACAACCUUUACCUGCGUACUAUACCAUGUACAACCCGUCUACCCAGAGAUGGGGAGGUUCCUGGGGUGGACUAUAACUUUAUCAAUGUGAGUGACUUCAGAAUCUUGGAGGAGAGUGGCUUACUCCUGGAGAGCGGAACUUAUGACGGAAACUACUAUGGUACACCAAAACCCCCUGCAGAGCCCAAUUUGGUUCAGCCUGAUCUGGUCGACCAGGUGCUAUUUGAGGAAGAAUUUGGCACUGAAGUCCAACGCAAGCGCACCACCUCCGUCAGCAAGAUGGAUCGCAAUGACAGUGUUGUCCCUGAGGAGGAGGACGAUGAAGAGCGGCCAGCGCUGCCAAACGGCCUUCCAGAAGGAAGUGAGGAGUGGAGGAGGCCAGUGCCCAGCUACACUCAGUCUAACAGCAGUAGCAGUGUCACUCGUGGAGGUGGCAGCAGCAGUAGUGAGCUCGUUCGCACCUGGAGUUCUCUCUCCAGAGAUGACAGCCUCGAACCUUUACCAUACAACUGGGAGAUGGCCUACACUGAAACAGGCAUGGUCUACUUCAUCGAUCAUAACACAAAAUCUACCACGUGGCUGGACCCUCGCCUUGUCAAGAAAGCUAAAGCACCAGAAAAGUGUGAGGAUGGAGAGCUUCCAUAUGGCUGGGAGGAGAUUGAGGACGCACAAUACGGCACAUAUUACGUCGAUCACAUAAACCAAAGAACCCAAUUCGAGAAUCCAGUUGUAGAAGCAAAGAAGAAACUUGCACAGGAGGCUGCAGCUGCAGCACAGAGCCAAAAGGGGGCAGCACAUGCCGCAGGUGCUGAAGGUGGAACUCCGGGUUUCACUCGUGACCCGACUCAGCUGAAGGGCGAGUUAUAUCACACAGCUUUGAAAAAGAGCUCUCAGGGUUUCGGCUUCACGAUCAUCGGAGGGGACCGACCUGAUGAGUUCCUGCAGGUGAAGAAUGUACUGGCAGAUGGACCAGCUGCACAAGACAACAAGAUGGCUUCUGGUGAUGUAAUCGUGGAGAUCAAUGGCACGCUGGUCCUGGGCAAGACCCAUAAUGAUGUGGUGCAGAUGUUUCAGUGCAUCCCCAUCAGCCAAUAUGUGGAUAUGGUUUUGUGCCGUGGCUACUCCUUGCCUCCAGAUGUGCAGGAGGACAAUGAAGACCUUCCCCCUCCUCCACCUCCUCCUGCUUCGGCUACUGAAGUGGUAACAGCUGUACCUCUUAUUAACGGGCAGCCGCUGCUAGUGAAGGGUGAUGCUUUGCAUGCCUCCUCCCAGGAGCUCCACUACCUCACUACUGAUGCCAGCGGGCGACCGAUUGUGGCAGCCCUACCCAGCAUUCCCACAGGCUCCGAUGAAAGGCCUGAGGGUGGAAUGCUGCACCCAGAGCUGGUCACUGUGCCCCUGGUAAAAGGCCCAGGGGGGUUCGGAUUUGCCAUUGCUGACAGUCCUCUUGGCCAGAAGGUGAAGAUGAUUCUAGAUGCACAGUGGUGCCGUGGCCUGCUUAAGGGUGAUGUCAUAAAGGAGAUCAACAGGCAGAAUGUCCAAACCUUAAGUCAUGCACAAGUGGUAGACAUACUCAAGGAGUUGCCAGUGGGGAGUGAGGUUAACCUACUGGUGCUGCGAGGAGGUCAGACUUCACCAGUAAAAAGUCUUAGACCUAGACAGGAAAUAAGUGCCAGCAUGGAGACUUUGGACCAGUGUCAUGAUGUCGGAGCCCCCCAAGCGCUCACUUAUUAUUCAAGCACAUUGCCUAGUAGCUCUCCGAGACGAGACGUAACCCUUCGUCAGAGCAAGCCCAAAGGCAUUGGACAUGAGUCUUUACAGAGAGCACUGCCUCAGUAUAAAGAGCUGGAUGUGUUUAUAAAGAGGGAUCAAGAGACAGGAUUUGGGUUUCGUGUGCUCGGAGGAGAAGGACCCGAACAGCCAGUCUACAUAGGCGCUAUAAUCGCCCAGGGAGCAGCAGAGAAAGAUGGGCAUCUGUGGGCAGGAGAUGAGCUGAUGGCCAUAGAUGGCAUCACGGUAAGGGGCAAAUCUCACAAGCAAGUGCUGGAUCUGAUGACCAAUGCAGCUCGCAAUGGGCAAGUGCUGUUGACUGUACGCCGAAAAGUCAUCUACAGGGAUGUGUCUGAUGAUGAUGGGGCAAGAAACAUGGCUCCGGUGUUAAUGAAUGGUUCUCCAAAAACCCCGCGUGUUCAAGUCCCAAGUGUUUUGGAACAUGAAUUGAUGGAUAUUACACUCCAUCGCAGAGAUAAUGAAGGCUUUGGCUUUGUUAUUCUCACAUCCAAAAGCAAACCCCCACCUGGAGUGAUCCCUCAUAAGAUUGGUCGCAUAAUCGAGGGCAGUCCGGCUGAUAGAUGUGGUCUGUUAAGUGUGGGUGAUCGUAUCUCUGCUGUUAAUGGCCGGUCUAUUAUCGAGCUUUCUCACAGCGAUAUUGUGCAGCUUAUUAAAGAUGCCGGUAAUGCUGUCACACUGUCUGUCGUUCCUGAAGAUGAAUACAAAGGCCCGCCCUCUGCAGCCAGCUCAGCCAAACAGAGCCCAGCGCUGCAGCACAGGACCCUAAAAUCCAGCACACAGGAGGAGAGGUAUGAUCUAGAUCCAGAUGAGAACAGAGAUGAGUUGGUGUGGGCCGAAUAUAAAAUGAUUAACGACAACGAAAAAGAAACACUGUGUGUUACAAGCUCCAAACAGGGUUGUAUUCUUGUGGAGUUGGAGCGUGGCCCACGUGGUUUCGGCUUCAGCCUGAGAGGAGGGACGGAGUAUAACAUGGGCCUCUACAUUCUGCGACUGGCCGAAGAUGGCCCUGCACUUCAGGAUGGCAGGAUUCAGGUUGGAGAUCAGAUAGUAGAAAUCAAUGGUGAGCACACACAAGGUAUCAGUCAUACAAGAGCCAUUGAACUCAUCCAGGCUGGAGGAAAUAAAGUACUGCUGCUCCUGAGACCUGGACAGGGGCUUGUGACUGACACUAGCCCUGAAGCACCAGAUCCAGGAGUCUCUUCACCUCUAAGCUCACAAGAUGACAUUUUUCUCACAGAGCAGCUGCCAAAUGAUGCUUCUGCCUUUUCAUUCUGCUCACCACUUGUUCAAUCUUCACCUUCAUCCUCCUUGAAGAAGAGAGAGAAUAGAAACAGGAUGAGCUCCCCUGCCCUCUCUCCCAUCUAUUUUGAGUCCAGGUCCAGUCUUUCUCCUUGUCCAAAAGGCAGCAAAAAGAGAAGCACCAAGCUUCAAACCUCUGCAUCUCCUGCAACCAGGGAAACAAAAUGUGACAAGAGAAGCAAAUCUAGAGAGUACAAUAUUUACUCUGGAAGUACAGAAAGAAAACGUAAUGGUUCAUCUAAAAUCAAAGAUGACUCUCACAACUCCAAGGAAAAGCCACCACAUCGCUCACAAGAUCAUAGGAAGCACAAGAAGCCGAGCAAACACCAACCAAGCCAAACAAAAAGUCACAAACAGUCAAAUAAUUCACGACAGGAAGUGGUGGACAAUGGUGAAGAAAAUAACAGGUCAUUAGAAAGGGAGGAAAAAAAAGAUCGUAGUGAUCAUAGGGUAGAAGAAGAUGGCUCAAGAGGAAGGCAAAGAACUAAGAAAAGAGGGAGCAGGAACAGAAAGAAUGUCGAAACGAAUGGACAAGAAGAGGCGGUAGAGGCUGGAGUAAUGCCAGAAAAAGAGGUGAAGUUGAGAAGCAUUUCAAGAAGGAAAAAGCAACCAGAGGACACAGAGAAAGACCAAGAUGUCGGCAGAUCCACAGUCCAAAAAAGACAGAGUCAUCAUAAACACAAAAAAGAGGACAAAAUACAGCAAGGAAAGAGUAAAAAAACGCGAGUUUCAAAUAGAAAAACACAGGGUAAAGAAAGGGAUAUAGAGGUAUAUGAUAUAGUAAUACAAAAUGAGGACCAAAGUGAAUUUGAGGAAGUGUUGACCAUGACAGGUGCACCAGAUCAAAAUGAUCACUCUACAGAACCCAGUUUUGCACGCAUUCUAACUCGUGAUGAGGUUAUGCGGGAUUUGUACGGAUAACUAAAGCAUCAGAAUACUGUUCUGCCACUUUCACAACCAUGUUUACAAAGCUGCCAUUCUCCACCCUCUUCUCCCACGUUUGACACUCAUUUCAACGCUGCAAAGUGGGUUUCAUUAUGCUCCUAUUAAAUCCAGUAUUUCUAUAUUUUUAACUCACAGGAUGGGCAAAAACUGUAAAAAAGAAAGAGUUGCGGCUUUUCUGCUUUUAUCCCCUCCAUGCUGUGGGCAAUUUUCACUGAGCAGAGGCUUGAACUAGAUCGUCUGUUCCUUACAAAACAUCUACUGUGACAUUUUGGUCAAGUCAACAGGAUCUCAUUUCUGCUCUAAUGUUUCCACUUUGACAGCUUUAAAAAAUGUGGAUUUCUGGCUGUCUGUCACAAUGCAGUUCAUUCAUAUGCAAUGAAAGGGACCAUACUUCCCUGCUAAUCACCAAAAUAACGAACAUGACUUUUAUGCUUUGAGUUUUAUGAUAUGCCCUUAAAUCUUUUUGUCCCUACUGCAAUUAUUGCCUCUAUCACUGCAUGGAAAAAAAGAAAAAAAAAAAAGACUUUUGUCCCAGAAGUUACUUUUAAUUGCAUGCUUUGGACAUAUGAGUUUCAACCACACUUUUAACAAAGAACUUUACAUAGAGGUUCGGGGCUGAAUUAUCUGCAGCAACUAGCUUUAAGGACUUUUGUAGACUGUUCUCUGACACUGACAUGCCUAAAUUCUUGAUCUUCAAAUCAUAUAAUUAUUAUGAUUAUGAUUAUGAUUAUGAUUAUGAUUAUUAUUAUUGCAAAAGACCAGAAACUUGUGCUCCUUUGUUAUUUCUAUGAAACCUCCAUUAGUUGUGUAUCAGCAUUGAGAUAUGUAGCCAUAUCAGCUCACUGAAUAUGAUGUGUACAGUUACGUAAAUGAAGCACUGCGGUAGCUUUUACUCAGUAGCAACUAUUUUGACCCAUCAAAAACCAAUAGUACAUGCAGAACAAGUGUCUUCAGUUGUCUUGUCAUUAUUGGUGUGUCAUUUAUUUGACUUCUUUCUGGGUGUCUGUCUUUAUACCAAAUGCAAACACAGGCAGUUGAGACCCUGAACUAAAAAAAAUAAAAUAUACAAAUAAAUACAUAAAUAAAUAAGAAUUUCAUAUAUAAAAUAUAUUUUUCAGAAGAUUAUUAUGAUUCACACAUUUCCAAAUGUAUCUCACACUUGUGUUAAUGAUAAAUGGUUCAAUACAUCAAUAUACAUGUCUAUGGUAAGGUGAAAAUGUCCCAGAAAACAGAAAUAUUGCAGAUAUUGUGUCCACUGAUUUAUCAUUUUCAUAAAUCUGUAUUCAGUUUCACUCAUAAGAAAAAUGUCAUGUAGCAUCAUUAAGGGCUGAUUUAUGAUCGUGGGUUGAUGGACUAUAACAGGACAUGCUUCAUCAAAACCAAAGAUUUGGUGAACAUCCAUUGUGUGUGCUGUGUGUAUGACGUGAUUCACCUCGGGUUGUGAACUGAUGUAGAAUAGCUAAUGGUUCUGUGUGAUAGCUUUGAUGUAUUGAAGCCAUUCAGUGGCACCAUAAGCUUUUCAGGCCGUUCAGAUGCGGAACAAAUGAUGAAUCAAUGGGCACAUCCAGAAAGCAUACAGUUCCUUUAUUCUUUUAUCAGUGACAAAUGAUCAAGACUUGUGGUAAAAUACAAACAGGGUUGCCACCACUUUAUUUCAGAGACAUCCAGCCGAAUUCUGUUUUAAAGGUGGACACCAUAAUAAAAAGUAUUUCAGCACCGUGCCUAUAACCAUGUACAACCCAGAUCUGUUAGUAAUCUUGGAAAAUGAAUUUGAAUCAACAAGUGAUGGAAUAUGAAUGGUCUGUCUACAUGCUCCAAAAUGUAAAUGUUUAUAUAUUGUACAGCGCCUUUAUAAGCGUGAUGUGUGCAUUCUCAUAAGAAAGAAUAGAGAUCUGUAAAUUGAUGUCAUUAUUUUUGUAUUUAAAUAUUGAAAAAAAUAUUUAAGGUGGAUGAAAAACAAAAUAACAUACUCCUUGGUCAGGUAAUGCACUGUAAAAUAAAGUCAUUUAUUCUCCAUGAA